GAUGAGCGCCAACUCUCACUUGCACCACUCAUCCCAGACCACUCGAAAGAUCUGAUGUACCAAAACUGAGACAAAAUCUUUUAGACUUUGAGCAGACUACCAAGAGGCCAUGAGUACAUUUGGCUACCGACGGGAACUGAGUAAGUACGAGGAUUUGGAUGAAGAUGAGUUGUUGGCCUCGUUGACUGCUGAAGAACUCCAGGAGCUCGAGAAAGAGUUGGCUGAUAUUGACCCAGAUGACAAUCUUCCCAUCGGACUGCGACAGAGAGAUCAGACAGCUAAGACUCCCACUGGAACAUUCAGCAGGGAAGCUCUGAUGAAAUACUGGGAAAAUGAGACAAGAAAACUGUUGGAGGAGGAGAGGAUCGGCUCCACAAGCCCUAGACAGAAAGAUGAAGACGGCAGAGAAGAGGAGGAAUGUUCAACUGAGAGUGACACUGAAGAAUCUGGGGAUGAAAAAGACGAGGUUGAAGAAAAUGAGAAAGGCGCACAGAAAUAUCAGGACGCUGAAGAAGACCAAGAAGAGGAACAGGAAGAAGAGGAAAGUGAACUGGAUGAACCAGUGACAGAAGAAGAGGAUGAGGUGGAAGAAGAAGAGGACGAGGACGAGGUGGAAGAAGAAGAAGAAGAAGAAGAGGACGAAGUGGAGGAAGAAGAAAAUGAAGACAACAGUCCUAAAAUGGCACAGUCACUAGAUUGUACAACUCAACCUCAGCAGUGUUGGUCUACCAAUGCUCAGUCCAAUCACAGAAUGGCAGAGCCUGUAAGACGACACUCUCCACUGAUGGGCGAACCAAAGGUCCAAGUUCAGGAGCCCAGUCGCAUGUCAGGAAACCCCACUGUGGUGGAUGAGGUUCUGGAAAAGAUCCUCAACAAUGACCCAGACACUACCGAAGUCAACCUCAACAACAUUGACAAUAUCUCCCAAGACACUCUUAUCCGAUUUGCAGAGGCCUUACGUUCUAACACACAAGUACGUUUCUUUAGUCUUGCCAACACACAUGCAGAUGACCAGGUGGCUUUUGCCAUUGCCAAGAUGCUGAGAGAAAACGGCAACAUCACUAAUCUCAAUAUUGAGUCCAACUUUAUUACAGGGAGGGGUAUCCUGGCACUGGUACAAGCCCUCACCCGAAACAGUACUCUUACGGAAAUGCGAUUUCACAACCAACGGCACAUUUGUGGAGGUCAGGUGGAAAUGGAGAUUGUAAAGUUACUGAGGGAGAAUACCACACUGUUGAAGUUGGGGUACCAGUUCGACCUUCCAGGCCCUCGUAUAAGCAUGACGACCAUUCUCACCCGCAACCAAGACCUCCAAAGACAGAAGAGAAUGCAGGAGCUGCGUCAACAGCAAGGAGGUGCAGCGACACCCACAAACCCAAGAACGGCUGCCCUUCAGAAGGGCACGACCAACUCUUCUCCUUACGGCUCACCUCGGAGUUCACCAUGGUCUUCUCCAAAGCUACCACACAUUGACAUGGCAAAGAAAAAUGCCCCCCCUGCUCCUCUUCCACCACCACCUCCUCCUCCACCACCACCACCUCCUCCUCCUCCAUCCAAAGCCUCCAUCCCAGAAAAGAAGGCUCCCACCAGAAUGAUUGCAGAGGUCAUCAAACGGCAAGAGCAGACCUCCAAGAAACAGCAGCACGGGCCCACCAAAAGGUCCAAAAAGGGCAAAAAAGGGGCUGCAAAGCAAACAGAAACUAACAGCAUAUUAAAGGAACUGAAGAAUGCACUGAGACCCAUCAAUGACAGAGAGAACUCCAGACCGUCCACACCUCAACGCUGCGCUCACGAUCAACUCAUGGACGCCAUCAAAGGCAGCAGCAUCAAAAAUCUCAGAAAGGUGGAGGUUCCUAAGUAUCUUCGGUAACCAGGCUGUAAGACAGAACAGGAAAGCAGGUUUAAAGGCCUCCUGAGCAUCAUCUGCGAAUACAGAAACUGUGCUUUUCUCAGAAUCACACCGAACCUCAGAACAAUUCUGAUCAGUUCAGGUGUUUGGUGAGUUUGCGUUAAAAGGUUUCAAUGGUAUGAACUUGCUCACAACAGGGUCAUGUUUAAUGUUUAACAUAACAGGGUUUUCUGUAUUGAGAAUGACCUGGAUAUUUGCACUGGAUUCAUUUUUUAUUACUAUUAGUAGUAGUGGUAGUUUCUGCUGUUGCUGUGAUUAUGCCUUGUUGUUUUUAAAUGAAAAAAAAAAAAAUGGACUAAUAAUUUUUAACAUUAUGUCUGUAUAAAUGUAAAUAACUGACUUGGUUUAAAAUGAUUAAAAAUCAUCAAUUCAACAAUCGAUUAAAAUAAUGUGAGCACUGUUAUUUCUGCCAUACAGUAUGUGUGUUACUUAGCAGAACUUACCAAAGCAGUUGCAAAGGUCAGAAGAUUAGCCUUUCAUAAGCAAACGCAAGGCCAAAAUGACUUUGCUUGAAUGGGAGAGCAUUAGUUGUAUGAAUAUCACAGUCUCUUAAUCCGGACUCUGUAAUGUUUGUGUAUUUUGGAAAAGUUCCCCUGGACUAAAUCCACUCUGCAGCUGUUCACGGUGAACAGAGAAAUGUUUUUAGCAGCAGUGGCAGGAACAGCAGCGAAGGAAAGGCACAUACCUUCCCACAGAAGAAUCAUUAAGGUGUUAAUCAACUUCUAACAUUAUUUCUAUGCAUAUCACAACAUGCAAUAGACAUUUAAAGCAUGGCUAACUUCUGAUGACGGGAAUAAUAAAAGCUGCUGAACAGGUUAUGAAGGAAGCACAGAAAUGGAACUAAAACACUUCCUUAAACCAUUUCAUUCCAAUUUUAUCUGAACAUUUCAACAUUAAAUAAUUUGAAUGACAUGCGCACCUGCUAAAAUCCUCUGUGGGAAAAAAAACACAUGGCAAUGAUCUAACCUAUCCUGAGGUGAAACAAUAUCAUUUUGUAUGACUGAAAUCAUUCAGUUGAUUUGCAAGCUUAAAGUCUGCCAAAUAACUUUAGCGCUCUAAAAACAGAACAAAACAAAAUGUCAUAUGCAAUCAGCUGGCUGGCUAAACCCCAGAAAUAACAUAUCAGGCUGUGGGUUUUAAAAAUAACCAUAAUGUUCCAGUAUUUUGUGAUUUUUAAAUUUAGUCGAUGAUAUAUUUUUUAAACACCUACUUGGAAACCAAAAUUUUAACGUUUUAGUCACAUUUGCUGUAUGAUUUCUCAAAGCGAAAUAAAAACAUCCAAACACAUGAAGGUUCUGUAAAUAUUAACAUUUAUUUGAGUGUACAAUUUUAAUAAUUCUUUUUCAACCUCAUUUCAAAGGUUUCAAGUCUCAAUGCAAAGCAACCCUGGUUGAACGAAGGAUAAAAACUGAUAUUUUAAUUGCUCUAUAACACCGUUAAAAACAGUGAAACUACAUGAUACGACCCUCUGCGGACCGUCAAGCGAGUCAGAGCCUCUCUUUGAAUUAGUACAGCAUCACAGUGCGUUAUUUAGUGUGUUCGAUUUUUUUUUUUAAAUGGCACACAUGAACAUUAAAUUCCAACAUGAUCCGUAUCUGACCGAGAGGAAAAAAACAAACCACAUGCCUGUGAGAUUUGUUGUAAUGCCAGUAAGAUGCAAACUAGCAUAUGUUUUAAUAACUGUAGUGUUUCUCACAUCUAAUGUUAAGGAAAGUCCUGACAUAGUAGCUAUAGCACACGAUGUGUAAACAUAACCGUCGUAUUGCGCUGUAUCCCCACAGUUCUUCUUUUGUGAUUCGUGCAAAAAUAUAAACCGACUCAAACUCUGAGCACAUUUACAAAUUAGCAAAUGGGGCUAAAUAUGCUUUUUUUUGUUAAGAAAAUAAUAGUGCUAAACUACGUUUCGAAUAAGAAAAGGUAAGGUACGUAAGAGAAAAGUAUGAAAAUAGUGUUCUUGCUUCACAAUAUCAACAUUAAAGUCUCGCUCCUCUUGUUCGACCUCAAUUCAAUUAAUGAUGAAGAAAAAAAAAACAAAAACAAAAAAACAAUAAAAGACCCAAAAACAUUCAACUCUACGAAUCAAGAAACUUGAUGUAAAAUUGCACGUUAAUCCAAGAGGGGAAAAAUAAGAUACAUGACAAACCUUUACAGAUUAAAUGAGGUAUUGCACAGAUUAAUAAAAAAAAAAAAAAAAAAAAAAAAAAAGCAUAAA